GUUGCAGCCCUACGUUAUUUAGAGAGGACGUUCUUUCACUGUUUCAGGAGUGGUUGUUUAAUGAAUACUGCAGCAUGCAGAGAAAUGAAGCUCUCGGCCUCUCGUCUCGCCCUUCUAUUUAAAGUCACAACGGUUAUACCAUCGAUGGGAAGGCUACUGUCCGUUCGUUAUUCGGUUGCUGCUCUGCAAUCUGCAUAGCCAAGUAAACGUAGAGACUUCUAUCUACAGCGGCUUUUGUUUUUCUUCUCACAAGUUAAAGAAUGGAGUCGAAGCAAUCCGAGACUUUUGAAUUCCGAAAUCUUAGCUCGACUUGCCGGAAUUCCAUUAUAAUCCGGCCGAGACAAGGCGAUUUCCAACGACACCAUCUGAUUCCCGCCCUCUGACUUCUCGUUAUCCGAACAACAUCACCGAAAAAAAAAAAGACGAUUCCUUCACAUCUAGAGAGAGAAAAAGGAAGAAACUCGUGGUUCACACACUGGGGUCAAAUUGCAGAGGUAAUGGGACAUUUGUCGACUCUGUUCGAUGGUCUGGCAAGGUCACUUUCCUUCAAAAGAGGAAAGAACUGUGGGAAUGACGCUGGAAAGGAAGCUGCAGAAGCCAUGGCUAAAGAAGCUAAGAAGAACGACUUGAUAUCGCGUUCUUCUGGAAUUGUUAACUCUAACGGUUCCAGCAAUUUUGCCUCAAUCUUCUCCAAGAAAGGGAAGAAAGGAGUGAACCAAGACUGCUUCAUUGUGUGGGAGGAAUUCGGAUGCCAAGAAGACAUGAUUUUCUGUGGGGUUUUUGAUGGGCAUGGUCCAUGGGGCCGAUUUGUAGCUAAAACAGUUAGGGAAUCAAUGCCAUUGUCUUUACUCUGCAAUUGGCAGGAAACUCUUGCUCUAGCUUCCCUGGAACCAGAGUUUGACUUCGAAUCAGAUAAGGAGCUUUAUCAUUUUAAUGUAUGGAAGCAAUCCUACUUAAAGACUUGUGCUGCUAUUGAUCAGGAGCUCGAGCACCAUUCCAGGAUUGAUUCCUUCUACAGUGGAACCACUGCAUUAUCAGUUGUUAGACAGGGUGAAUUCAUAGUUAUAGCAAAUGUUGGUGACUCUCGUGCUGUGUUGGCUACCACUUGUGAUGAUGGCAGCUUGGUACCAGUUCAGCUUACUAUUGAUUUCAAGCCAAAUUUACCCCAGGAGGCUGAGCGGAUAACUCAGUGCAAAGGACGGGUUUUCUCUUUGCAUGAUGAACCAGGGGUGCACAGGGUCUGGCUGCCAAAUAGUGAAACACCUGGGCUGGCGAUGUCUAGAGCAUUUGGUGAUUAUUGUGUCAAGGAUUUCGGACUUAUUUCGGUACCUGAAGUCACACAGAGGAGUAUAACCACUAAAGACCAAUUUAUCGUGCUGGCAACAGAUGGGCUCUGGGAUGUUAUCUCAAACCAAGAAGUAGUGGAUAUCGUCUCUUCAACAACAGAUAGAGAAAAAUCAGCUAAACGACUAGUUGAAUGUGCAGUCCAUGCAUGGAAAAGAAAGAGAAAGGGCAUUGCAAUGGACGACAUUUCAGCUAUAUGUCUCUUCUUUCACUCUUCCUAACCCUCUCAGCAGGUUCACCAACUUAACUGGAAAAACAAGAAUGACAAAUAGAAAGGUAGUUUAUUUUUGCUGAUAACUUCUUGGUUUAUUGUAACCUUGUAUGUAUGCAUGAUUACUUGUCAAGCAUCCAAGCCCAUAGGUUUUUCAUUGUUUCCCUUUCUUUUGCUUGAUGAACUAUAUAUUUCAUUAGAAACGACUAAGUCACAGAUGACUGCGAGAAAUAUACAAGGUACAUGCCUUGAUGAUCCAGGCCAAUUGCAAAAACAAGGAUAGCAGAAUGAGGGUAUUUUAAUUUUAGAAGAAUGCAGUUCAACUGCAGCUAGGAGUCUACUGUUUUUUAUCUUUCUGAACUCUAUUUCAGGUUAUGCUUGUCUGAACCUCCAAAGAAUCAUGGACCAUUCAUUUAAAAUGCA